GGCGGCCCCGCGGCCUGCUGGGGACGGUAGUUCUCGCGUGGAGCCUGGGCCCGGCGCGGCCCGACCGCCGCUCGGCUAAGUCCGCGGGCGUGAGGGAGCGGGACCGGAGGGGUUUGGCGGGCAGGCGGCGGAAGCAGCCUACUAAAGCAGAUAUGCCUGUUUGACUGUCAAGGUGUGGAUCAUGGGACAACAACUGUUAAAUGACAGCAUCCUUGAUCAAUUUAUUAAUAGCCAUGAGCAGUCAUAUGAAGAGUUUCUAAAUACAUUCACUUAUCUUUUGAAAGAGGAAGAGGGGAAGACAAUUCAAGGAAGAGAAGUGGACUCCUUAAGAAAAAAAAAUUCUACUUCUGAAUUAUCAAACAGAAGUAAACAGGAUGGCUCACCUGGAAGAAGCAAAGAAAUGUGGGGGUGUCUUCCACCACAGAUGCCAAAUGAGAAUGAGACAGUGAUGAAUGAGAGCUGGAAAACUGGUGGCUCUUAUGGAAAUGAUCUCAGUCUUUCUGAAAGAGUGAAGGUGGACAAGUACUUGGAUUUGGAAGAUAUAGACACAGAUGAAGAGACAUGCAGUGCAGGGUCAUUAGUUCUCCCAGGAGAGGUGGAAGAGACAGUGGCUUAUUGUACACCCUUUUUUGAUAAGCCUAUUCAACCGAAGUUCAGAACCUUGUCAGUUCCACAGCCAUCGGACAGCAAAGACCAAGAGGCCAUGCUGCUGGAGGUUAACAAUCCGGAUGAAUUUCGUUAGGAGCCCUUGGCCCAGCUGCGUACAGUCACAAGGCAAAGAAAUGCACCACCCCGUAUGCCUAAGCGAUUAGUUUUACCUGCAUCUUUCUGGUUUUAUGUUAAACCUGAGCUUGAACUGACAAGAAACAAACUCAAACACUACUAGUAAGGAAAUGAUAAAUCCCUUUUGUAGAAAUUAUCAUCUGUGAAGUGCAGGGAAAUAGCUAAGCUAAACAUUUGUAAUUUAGAAAGAAGGACAUUAAGAAGAUCUGUUGCAAAACACUUAAACAUCUCAAAAAAAAAUUCCUGCUGGAUUUUGCUUGUUUUCCCCCCUCACACAUAAGUAAAAUAUUAGUUUUCCUAGCCUCAAACAAGUGCUAAAACCCCAAACAUUUAUCAUUUGCUCUAUUAUUGCUUAGGAUAAAAAAUUAUGCUUUUGGCCCUUUGUAUUAAUGGCACAAUGAUCUUCUGCAGCAUCGGCUGCCAAUCUUUUUUAAAGGACAGUACGAGUGUCAUUUUUGUAGUUGAGGCAUUAAGUCCCCAGGAUGCCCAGCAAGGCCUCCUUGCUGUGCAGAUUUAUUUCCACUGAGCAGCUAGAAGUAUUUCAGUGAGGGAGGGAUACUGAGGAGAAAUACAGUAGCUCUAGAUAGUAAAGGCAGAUGCUGUAGAGUACUGAUUGAGGGCUAGAAUGUUACAGAGAUUGUGAUAUUUAACACCCAUCACCAGUUCACAGCUGAUGUACCUUUACUCUCCUGCCCUGAUAAUAUUUUACUUGGUCAAGGUUUGAUGGUAACAAACAACAAAAUCCAUAGUACAUCAUAUAUUUUCUCUUCUGCGGGAACAGCACAUGGAAAAAGUGUAAACUUCACAUGCAGAUGCUGAAUUAACAAUCCUGUUUUCAUGAAGUACAUAGAAAGGCUUUAUUGGGUGGGUUUCAGAUGUAAUAUAAGCUCUUUUAGAGGCAGAGGGUGAGAUUUCCCAUUCAAUUCUGCAAGCGUGGAUGGAAUAAAACAGGAGUAGUUCAGACAGGACCAUGGAAAUGCAAUUGCCCGCCCUGCCUCGCAACUAAACCCAGUUUGUCCCCAUACAAAGUGAGGCAGGCUAGAAAAUGGCUAGUGGAGACAAUGGCUCUGCUAUCCUGAUUAUCUUUCUCUUUAUUCUUCUCUCCUACCCUGUGAUCAGUCGGCAAUCUGUUUUGUAGCAAACACCAUUUGAGGUUGCAUUGUCUUUGGGUCACUUCCUUUUCAUGCUUUAUUACUUCUCAGUGGAAGCUGCUUGCUUUGGGUGGUCUGGGCAUCUGCAGCAGUAGAAGAGAGCUCCUGCAAGAUGCUUAAAAUAUAUUCCAACAUUUCCCAUGCUAUUCUGUGACAGAUGUUUUGUCCAGUCAUAUUAAUCUAUCGUCUUGAAAAUUAGUUCCUAUUAAAGAAAAUGCAGACCUCAUUUCCCCCCCCUUUUCCUUACUUCAAAUAACUGUUCUAUUGCUUUAUUGAGGUCAGAGUAGUGGACCAGCAGUAGUGUGCAUUCAUUUUUAGCCCUUCCAUAAAGGUAUUCUCUUUCUCUUCCCAGCAUACAGUAUUUUCCAAAUUGAAAAUUUAUUAAAAAUUCCUUACUACUCAGCUUGUGACUCAAUCUAUUGGUUUUUUUGCAGUUCUGGGAUGAAGUGUAUCUGGUUCACUGUAUUGAGAUCACUGGGGGUUUGCUUCUUCCCCAGAAGCUGUUAUUCUAUUGUUGAGAUCCUAGGUUCCACUAGCAAUCAUGCUUUGGCCCUCAUGUUCAACAUGUUGUUGCUACUGAAAACAAAGAUUGGGGUUUAGUUUGUAGGCUAUAAAUAGAGUGCUUUUGAUCUCCCUGCCAUACUCCUUGCCCACUGCAUGAUGAUCCCAUUUCUUCUUUCAUUAAUAUCUGUGAUACAAAAAGGAUGUGUCUGCUAAUAAAAUUUACUGGUGGCAAUCCUGGGAAGUGUUUUCAAUACAGAAAAGGGCCAGAACACCUCUCAGGGGGCCAUGGUUUCCCUUGAGAAUAGAAGCAACAUGAAUUAGAUGAAAUUGAGUAAUAUAAAGUGAAAGGAAAUUCGCGUGAGGAGGGAUUUGCCAAUAAACAGCCCUCCUGGGAACUCACCGACUUCCAGUAAGAAGAGUGGGAAGGGGACUUUGACGUUACCAGUGUAACAGAAAUUCAGCCCAGCUUCAAGUCCAAUCUUUUAUCCUGGCCCUUUAAAAUGUAGGCUUCCUUAGCAAACAAUGUCUUGGACAAUAACAAGGAAUUAAUGUGUGUUUUUCCUCAUGAUAUGAUAAAAGCAUUUAACUGUUCGUUUAGUUUAUUAAUGCUCAUUGGUGUCUUUGCAAUAGAAGAUUUUUGCUGUUCCAAACACUUGAAAGAUAGAGG